AUGUUCAUCGUCCGCGAAUUAAAUGAUGCGAACGUCACUGGGACCCCGGCGCCCGCACGUGGCCCACCGACAACUACUCUCUCUCAUACGGAAGGCGGCCUUGGAAUCGCGGAAUUCUACUGGCGUGAUCACCAGCUGUGGUUGCAGAAAUGUGGCUACAUGCUUCGACCUCGAUAUAAACCUGAUUGGGUCCCCUCCUGGCUGGGCACCAAGAAACAUCUCUUCGGGUGCGAGGAUGGGUUUAUGUCGCAAAAUAUCGGACGGUGCUAUGGCAUUGGUGUCGCUCAAGAAAGUCUCCACCCCCAUGAGGCCGAUAUUGGGUCAUAUUUUUGUUCCAAUGAGCUGAGCUCUGACCCGGACAAUCACUGCGUACCGCUAUACGAUGUUCUCAAGGACCCUCUUGAAGAGGAUAUAGUCAUUCUGGUCAUGCCUUUGCUUAGGAAAUGUAAUGUCCCCGAGUUCGGAACCAUCGGAGAAGUAGUGGAGUUCAUACGGCAGCUCGUCAACGGUCUGAGAUUCAUGCACGUACAUCACGUCGCCCAUCGGGAUAUGAACCGAGAUUUCACCGGUACGGCUAGACAUUAUUCCCGUACAGAGCGUCCGACAAAAUACUACUAUGUGGACUUCGGUCUAUCGCGCAAGUACAGCCCCGACGAGUACCCGCCUCGCGAACUACCUAUCCUGGGAGGGGACAAGAGCGUGCCCGAGUUUCAAGGCGAGGGCUACGACGAAGCUGUAGACCCAUUCCCAACAGAUAUAUACUACCUCGGGAACCUUAUCCGAAUGGCGUUCACGAUGCGCUACGCAAAUUUCUGUUUCAUGGAUGCGCUCAUUGCAGAUAUGGUGCAGAACGAUCCACAGAAACGCCCGCAUAUCGAGGAAGUUUCCUCUCGAUUUAUUGAGGCCACGUCUAAGUUGUCCGCUCGAAUCCUUCGUGGUCGUCUCGUAGAGAGAGAUGAACCACCCGUCAUCCGCUUUCUCUUCGGUCUCGGACAUUUGUUUAGGACGGCGAAAACAUUCACGGAAGCGAACAUCUGCCAGAUACCGUACGUCGACUGCGCCAUGAACAAAUUUACAACACAUAGAUCAAGGUUACCCAGCCUUGGACGUACCACGACAGUCCUAGGCAGCAAUGACUUCAGCAGCCUCGGUGCGACGCCAGUAUGCUGUAUCGAGUGCACCCGCAGAGACGUCCUCAUCGCGACGCCAAUAGGCCGUGUCGAGAGCACCGGCGGAGACAUCUUCCUCCCUGCGCCAGUACGCUGUGUCAAGCGCACCAGCCGAGACGUCCUCGGCACGACGCUCGACUUCCCCGACGUUUGCACGAUUCUCUGCCGAGCAGGCUAUGGUUCAGCAUGA